AUGGCAGGUAGGUUGAACCUUUUGGAGACGCAGAAUAGUGGGAAACUCCCUUCUCAACCUAUUAAUUCUAGAGAAACUGUUAAUGUUGUGACAUUGAGAAGUGGUACACGAACUGUGCAACCAGAAGAUGCUGAGAAAAGCAAAGACCCCAAGGGGCCGGUUUUGGAGAAAGAGAUUAUUGACUCUUCCCAAACCGAUGAGGUACCUAAAACAAACUCUAAACCUCUUGUUUCAACUUAUGUUCCUCCUUUACCGUUUCCUGGCAGGUUUGCUAACAAAAAUGUGGAACAAGACAAAGAGAUUUUAGAUGUACUCAAAACAAUUCAUGUGAAUAUCCCGCUGAUAGAUGCAAUUAGGCAGGUACCUAAGUACGCAAGAGUUUUGAAAGACCUAUGCACCAAGAAGAAAAGAUUAACCGGUAAUGAGGUGAUGAGUGUGGGGGGAAACGUUUCUGCUAUCCUCCAAAAGAAACUUCCACCUAAAUGCAAGGAUACAGGUAGUUUCGAUAUACCUGUUGUGAUUGGUAAUAAAAGGUUUGGAAAAGCUAUGCUUGAUUUAGGAGCAUCAGUUAAUGUUAUGCCCGCAUCUAUUUAUGAGUCUUUGAAUUUGGGUCCUUUGAAAGAAACCCGUAUUGUUCUUGAACUAGCUGAUCGUUCUAAUGUUUACCCUAGAGGUAAUAUUGAAGAUGUGCUUGUGCAGGUGAAUCAACUCAUAGUUCCAGCUGAUUUCGUUGUAUUGGAAAUGGAUAGCGGGUCAGAUGCAUCUAUACCGCUGUUAUUGGGGAGGCCUUUCAUGAAAACGGCCAAAACCGUUAUUGAUGUUGACAACGGAACUCUCACUAUGGAAUUUGAUGAUGAAAAGAUUUGCUUCAAUAUUUUUGGAGCAAUGCGGUAUCCUAGCGAUGUUUAUUCGGAUUUUCAUGCUAAUGUCGUGGAGCUGUGGAGAACUAACGGUGAUGGAAAAUAUGAUGCUGCUGCCGUAUACAGAGGAGAUGCUGCUGCUGGUGAUCGAUCGGUGCUGUCCGUGGGUGAUGAAGAAAAACUCAAAUUCGAGAUGAGCAAUGGUGUUGGUGACGAGAUGUUGGAGUGUGAUAGAGAAGCUCGAGAUAAAACAAGGGAUGAAAUCUGUUGGAUGAUGAAUCCAGGGUAUUGUUGGUGCUGCUUGGAACUCGAGAGCGGUGGACUUGAGUUUGCUGGAAUGAUGACGCUGCGAUGCUAUGGUGCUGUGAACUCGAUAAAGCAAAGAGAGUGA